AAAUAUGCACUGUGAUAUGUAAUAAGACUUUUCUGAAGGGAUGGUUCUACUUUUAUUGCAAAAGUCAUAUAAUUUCCAUCAAUCUUUCAGCAAAUCUGAUGGCGAAAAGGAAAAAGAAAAGGACACAGUGGCCAAGGAAAAUAAGGACAACCAAGAGAGACAGAAAGAUAAAGCUGAGAAGAAAAAUAAGGAAGAGGAGGAGAAGAAAGAGGUAUUUGUUAUUGAUCCCUCAGGAAACCUGUAUUACAACUGGCUGUUUUGCAUCACUCUGCCCGUCAUGUACAAUUGGAUAAUGAUCAUUGCUAGAGCCUGCUUUGAUGAACUUCAAAGCAACCAUCUAGAGAUGUGGUUCAUUUUUGACUAUAUAUCAGACAUCCUCUAUGUUGCUGACAUGUUUGUACGUACAAGGACAGGUUACCUGGAACAAGGUUUGUUGGUGAAAGAAGAACUUAAACUUAAGAAAAAAUAUAAGGGAACGGUGCAAUUUAAAUUAGAUGUACUUUCCAUCAUUCCAACUGAUCUACUUUACUUCAGGUUAGGCUUGAACUACCCAGAAAUACGAAUAAACAGAUUACUUAGAAUAUCACGUAUGUUUGAAUUCUUCCAGCAAACAGAAACAAGAACAAGUUACCCAAAUAUAUUCAGAAUCUCAAAUCUGGUCAUGUAUAUUAUAAUUAUUAUCCACUGGAAUGCAUGUAUGUAUUUUUCAAUCUCCAAAGCCAUAGGCUUUGGAACAGACACAUGGGUCUAUCCCAACAUUAGCCAUCCCGAAUUUGGCCGGCUGGCUAGAAAGUAUGUUUACAGCCUUUACUGGUCAACACUGACCUUGACAACUAUUGGUGAAACACCACCUCCCGUUAAAGAUGCUGAGUAUUUCUUUGUCGUUGUUGACUUCUUAGUUGGUAUAUUAAUUUUUGCUACCAUUGUCGGUAAUAUUGGUUCUAUGAUCUCCAACAUGAAUGCUGCCAGGGAAGAAUUUCAAGCAAGGAUUGAUGCUAUAAAACAGUACAUGCAGUUUCGGAAUGUGAGCAAAGACUUAGAAAACAGAGUUAUCAAGUGGUUUGAUUAUUUGUGGACAAAUAAGAAGGCAGUAGAUGAAAGAAAAGUCUUGAAGUAUCUCCCAGAUAAAUUACGAGCAGAAAUUGCCAUCAACGUUCAUCUGGAAACUUUAAAGAAAGUCCAGAUUUUUGCAGAUUGUGAAGCUGGCUUACUGAUUGAGCUAGUCUUAAAACUACAGCCUCAGGUGUACAGCCCUGGAGAUUAUAUCUGUCAGAAAGGUGACAUUGGGCGAGAAAUGUACAUCAUCAAAGAAGGGAAACUUUCUGUGGUUGCUGAUGAUGGAGUUACUCAAUAUGUGGUCCUAAGUGAUGGCAGUUACUUUGGGGAGAUUAGCAUUCUUAACAUUAAAGGUAGCAAAGCUGGAAAUCGGAGAACAGCUAACAUCAGAAGCAUUGGUUAUUCAGAUUUGUUUUGUCUGUCUAAAGAUGACCUAAUGGAAGCUUUAACAGAAUACCCAGAUGCAAAGGCCUUGUUGGAAGAGAAGGGAAGGCAAGUCCUUAUGAAAGAUGGACUGCUGGAUUUGGAUGUUGCAAAUGCAGGAAGAGAUCCUAAAGAUAUCGAGGAAAAGGUCAGCCAAAUAGAAAUAAUGCUUGACUGUUUACAAACAAGGUUUGCCAGACUUCUGGCUGAAUAUGGUGCUGCACAGCAAAAACUGAAAAUAAGGCUAACACAAGUUGAGAGCAUCAUGAAAGCGCCUAUGGAUUUUGAUUUAUCAAAUUUAGAAGAAACUGAAGAAUGAAAAGAGUAGAAACGUAGAUAUUGUGAGCACUGCCGAAUCUGUAAUAAAGAGUCUAAUAAAAGAUAAAAUAAGGCUUCAUUGAACAUGGAAUCUGUUAAUCUUGGCUGAUUUUCUUUUUAAACCAAGCAUGAAGGGUAUUUUCAAUAAUUUACAUUUUAUCUGUUAUAAGUGUGACUUCAGAAAAUAUCACUUGAUCUAGAUGAUAAAUAUGCUAAAAUCCCAAUGGAACAAACUUUAGGUUAAUUUGAACAGGAAUCAUUUUGUACAGUUGUAUUGCAUGAUUACAUUUAAUAUUGUGCCCUGUAUAAUGCACCUAGUAUCAAGAUAGUUGGCUGGACUCCUCAGCAGUCAUUUUGAUUUACAGAUGAGAAGUUUGCUGCACUUUCUACUCAGAACAAAGUCACCUCUGAUAGAACGUCUUUGUUUUGUAGCAACUGCCCAGAAA